CAGCCGGGGCUGCCUGAGCCCUACCGGCGGAGGAGGAUGAGGAGGAGGAAGGCGGGCGGGGGAGCAGCUAUGCCGUGGGCAGGAGGGAAGCCGCUCUGCGAGCGUGAACCGAGGCUUAGCGCCGCCGCCUGCCUCGCCUCCCCGUCCGUCCGUCCCUCCCUCCCUUCUCCCCUCCUCCCCCCGCCUCCCCCCGCCGCAGACGGCUGCGAGCCCGGAUGGUUUGCGAGCGGAGUUGAGGGGGCAAACUUUGAAGCCCAGAUGCCUCUGGGGCUGCGCGGCAGAGCGCGGCUGCUCCUGCAGGCACCUGCCGCCGCCCUCUCCCCGGCGCUGCCGCCCUCCGCGGGGGCGGCCGGCCCCGCUGCCCGCCACCGCCGAGGCGGCGGGCGCUGCGGCCGCGGCUGAGGGCGGCGGGCGCGCCCCCAUGCGGGUCCCGGGCUGGGGAGCGCCGGCGGCAGGCGGGAGCCGGGCGGCGGCCGGGCGGUGCUCUCCCGCCGCCUGAGUGGGCGCGGCGCGGGACGGCGGCGCGGGGUGCCGGGAGCCAUGGGCUAUUGCAGCGGCCGGUGCACGCUGGUGGCCGUGUGCGGCGCGCAGCUGGUUUCUGUGCUCGAGAGGCAGAUAUUUGACUUCCUUGGUUAUCAGUGGGCACCCAUCCUCGCAAAUUUUAUACACAUUAUUAUAGUCAUACUUGGCUUAUUUGGAACCAUCCAGUAUAGACCUCGUUACAUAACAGGAUAUGCUGUCUGGCUGGUCCUUUGGGUUACAUGGAACGUGUUUGUUAUCUGCUUCUAUUUGGAGGCUGGAGAUCUUUCAAAGGAAACAGAUCUCAUUCUGACCUUUAACAUCUCAAUGCACCGUUCCUGGUGGAUGGAGAAUGGGCCGGGCUGCACCGUGACCUCAGUAACCCCAGCACCAGAGUGGGCACCAGAGGAUCAUCGUUAUAUCACUGUCUCGGGGUGUUUCCUUGAAUAUCAGUACAUAGAAGUGGCUCACAGUUCUCUUCAGAUCUUCCUUGCACUGGCAGGCUUCAUCUAUGCCUGUUAUGUUGUGAAGUGUAUUACUGAAGAAGAGGACAGCUUUGAUUUCAUAGGUGGAUUUGACUCCUACGGCUAUCAAGGCCCACAGAAGACAUCUCAUUUACAGCUACAGCCCAUGUAUAUUGCCAACAGUGUGCUCUAUGCUGUACAAGCCAAGAAGCCUAGACAGUCCCUUCAAAACGAAUACGCUUUUUGAACAGAACGGGACAGAACCGAUGCUCAUGUACCUCCUUACAGUGUGGCCACAGCUGAUGUACUCAAAAGCAGCUUCCUGGCAUUCUGUGCCGGAGAUGCCAGUGCUCAUUUCCAGACCAUGGGAGAAGGACACAAUAAGAUGGCGGAAAUCAAUUGUCAAGACAAAAUUCUCCUCUUGGGAGGUGACGGAGGAAGGUCAAAGUAAAUAUGGGGACUACUCAAGGUGGGCUGGAGGACCUGUUGAAAAAUCUCUUUCAGGAUGGCCUGGUUCUUCAAAGAGAAAAGAAAUCCAAUUUUUGUGCUAAAAAUAAUGUAUAAAAGCUGAUUGAACAAUGAGACAAAAAGCAACAGAGACCUUCAGCCUCUCUUUCUAACAGGUACUAAAGGAGAUGCCCCAGAUUCCCUCCUUGAGACUCCUGCCUCUCAGCACCCGAGGGACACAGCAGAGGCAUUGGUGCCACUUUUUGUCCCUUUGUUUCCCUGGCCACGGCCAGCACUGCCCAUCUGGAUUAAGACAUGAACCCAGCCCCGUCAGUGCUGUGGGAGCCUCCUCCACACUGAGGGCCGCUUUGAGUCUCCUCAGCCAACACAACACUGAAGUACCAGGAUGACCUUGCAGCAGAAGUCAACAGACAGCGCAUUGUUUGCCCUGAAGGCUGUACAGUUCAUACUUGCCUUAACCCAACUGCGUUGCACAUUAGAGAAACUACGUGCAAGCUUUCUGAAGUUAACAUGCUGCUGUUAAUUCUGAACGAUUUAUAAGUCAGUGGUUUUCUUCUGUUUGGUUUUGCUUUGUUUUCAUGUCAGGGAAUAAGGCUCUGUUGCUCCAUGGCUCCAGAGCAACCAAGUAGAAAACUGCCAGCUGUCUGAUAAGUGCUUUACUUUUGGGGCUCCACAGUGGUCAAGAAGCAGUUUAUAAUGAUGGAAAAGAAAAAUAAAUAAAGAAAUAAAUUACACCUUUUGGGGGUCAGGGUGGGAAAAUGGGUAACAGAAACUAAUAAUUGAACCUACUGGAAAUAAGCAGCAGAAACAGUGCUUCUUAAUCCCGCUGGUUUUAUUUAUCGCACUAUAAGUGCUUUUAUAGCUAUCUCUAAACAUCUUUUACUAACUACAGAGACAUCUGCAGAUUUCUAUGAGCAAAGGCCAACAGAAUAUGUACUAGCUAUGUUUACUCUUUUAUAUCUGAUUUCAACUAAAAAUUCUCUGUAAGUGAGCUUUUUUUUUUUUUUUUUUUCUAAUUGCACCAUAAGGGAUCCACAUAUUUUAUUUCUCGAUUUUGGUUGGAGAGGGCAGGGAGGGACUAGUUGAGUUGAAGAAAUACUGAAGACCUUUUUGUGGUAUAUUUGGGGGAUCUGUUGUGUGUUAGAACGUGUAUUUUAUCUUCCUGUAUUAUUGUGGCUGAAAAAAACCCUCUGUGCUGUUACGUAGUUGGCAACAAGAUGCCUUUGGGAAUUUUGCUAGUAGGUCAAUGUGUAUAUGAAAUACUCUGAACUCCUAGGAACAUAUGUUUUAUUCUACAUCUGAUCUGUAUUUUCAAGAACGUAGAUGGCUUUCACUAGGAAAACCCAAUAUUUUGCUCAGGUUUUUCAGAAACUUGGAUUGUCAUUGUUUCUUUGCUCAGACCUUGCAUAGACAAACACACGCACCUACCACACCUGAGGUGACCACGUAGCUUUUGAGGGCAAGAGGGAAGGUCAGGACUUGGAAAUGCCCGAGGCACCCCUGGGCAACUCCCUUUUCCCUGCUGGCCAAACCCUUGCUCCAGAGCCUGUGCACUCACACCACUCACCCAUCCCUGUACAAGCCAGUGCCCUUUGCUGUGUCUGCAUGGAUGUACAGCGUCACAAGCAGCAACUCUGGACAAUGACAGAGGAACAGGCAUUCACCAGUGAAAACAAGAUACAGGACAUGGUCAGGAGCUAUACCUACAUUGAUUCAGUGAGAUUUAUAUAGAUAUAGCUAGAUAUAUAUAUAUGUAAGUGUGUGAAGGUGUGUGUAUGUCUAUGUAUAUAAAAUACACAGGACUAACUAUUUUUGGAGGCUGCAUCACCCAGGAAGAUUCUGAUGCAGUGGACCAAGGGUUCCCAUCUCAGAUACUGCUGGGAAUUUCAUGCAUGAAACAUGAAUGUUCCCUAGGCCUGAUCCUGUAAAGCAUUCAUUGCUGAUUUGGAUCUCAAAUUUUAAUUUCCAUACUUGAGUACCUGAAAAUAUGAGUUCCUACUGGGUAGAGAUGCUUUUCACCCCCUGGAAACCCCACACAACUUCCAAGUGACAGGCUGAAAUUUCCCAUAAUUUGCAAAACUAAAAAAGUUUCUACUUUUAUGUAGUAUUAAAUAUAGCAGAUAUAUAGUAUUAAACACAAUGAAGAGGUUUAAAUGGGAUGAAAAUGUCAUAACAGGUUAUUUUAUCUUUUCCUGUAUACCAGUUAAUCAAAAUGAUAUUUCUAUAAAAAUCAUUUCUUAACAUGAAAAGAAACCAGUUAAGGCACCUAAGCAGCAAUCCAAUUUUCAGAAGAUAAUUUUUCAUACCUUUCAGUGAUUUCCCAUGGAACAGUGGCUACUGGUAGUUAGCAAUUUUAGAAGUCAGACAAUUUAAUGAAGUGUCUACACGUAGCUUAUAGGCCUGAUUUUAAUUUAGAAAAUUUUGGCCUUAAUUUCUCUGUGUCUUAGUCUUCCCAUCCAUACUACGGGAAUAAUAUGUGCCUCACAGGUUUUUUGUGAGGUCUGAAUUGUUAAUGUUUGUAAAAUGCUUAGGAAAUAGGAAGCACAUCUAACUACUAUGGAUUGCAAUAUUAAUGUGUAUUCAUAUAUUACAUAUAGAGUAGAUACACACACUCACAUACUCACAUACACACAGUAUAUAUAUAUAUAUAUAUAUAUAUAUAUAUAUAUAUAUAUAUAUAUACACUUACAUACCUAUAUGAAGUUGGUAUUCAUAACCCUGCUUAAGUUGCAGUUAGAGCACCACCAUUAAAAAAAUUAGGACUGUUGACUACUCAACUAAAUGAUUAGUGGACAGAUCUCUUCUGGAAGCAGUUUAGAGCACAGUAAUGUGAGAAUAUCUGGAUGGCAUUUUUGACUUGUACAGCUGUAUCCUCCUCAAAAUCCAGUAAAGAAUGUUAUUUUUCUAGGCUGGGCUUUUGUUAUAAACUAAAAUAUUCAGAAGGCAAGAGAUACAAUCCAAAUGUGUCUUUUUUUUCUUUUCUUUUUGGCAUUUGUUAAUUCUGAAUGUAUUUUUAACAAAAGUGAUUUUUUUGACUUACUAGUGUAAUUUGCAUUAAAAAAAAAAUAAAUGGAAAAAAUAUAGGUUUCCAAGCUAUUCAUGGCCCCCUUCUGCUAUUCAGAAUUUACAGGAAACUCAGAAUUACUCUUCCCAGCUGAGCAACAAUGCAGGAUAAAGAAUCCUAUUACAUUUACAUGAUGACAAUCCCGAUCUGUGCAGUGCAUGGAUGUGACAGCACUGAAUAGAAAUUGCUAGGUCAUGACACCAUUUUAACGCUGUCAUAUGUACCAGGUAUUUUCAUUAUCACUGACACUAAAAGGUUUCUUAUACAAGGCUGACUGCAACAGACUCUUUACUUAGAAAACAGGGCUGGUUUUGCCCACUCAUCAGGAAUUUUAAGCCCAUGAUAGGUAUAGAGCUGCCAACAGUGUUAAGUAUUGCAAAAAUAAUACUUGUUAAGAAGGAGCUGUGUAACAUGGAUAUUUCCUCUUUCGUAUUCUUUUAUAUGCUAUUUAUUGUCCCUACACUGAAAUGAUGGAAUCCGGUCUUAGACAAAAUGUUUAUAGAGCUCACAUAUAUUGACAACUCGCCUGAGGUCAUUUAAUAAAGGUGGAGCAGAAUGAUAUACAUUUUGAGGUAUUCGGUCAUGCUCUCUUAGGAUGACUCCUUAGAAAGAGAGUUCUUUUGUUAGGAUUUUUUAGGCCUUCAUAAUAGUUCAAGUGAUACAUUUUAGUCAGAUAUGGAGAAGUGGUUUGUGCUCCAUUUGCUUAAUCUAAGUACUGUUUACAAUACUCCACUGCUGCACAGCAUUUUGACAAAGUCUGGCACAGUUAUAUAGUAAGCAUUUACAAUAUAGUUACGUAUUGAUUGAUGAAUGUCUCCAGAUAGGAAUGGCCAUUAACUCAGUGUCUGAAGCCUUUCAUCACUUGCAUGCUCACCUUCCAUUUGAGCAAAUUGAUAGUAGCCAAAGCAAUACACCACACUCCAUGAAUCACUCCACCUUGUAACAUUUUCAUUUCCAGUCCUCUGUUUUAUUUUUAAAUGCAAAUACUAAGAGGAGAAGGACUUCUCACAAAGAUGGAAAGCCCCGUGAAUAGUCUAUGUGCAUGUAUUGCUUGCUGACUGUCUACUGAUGAGUAGUUGAGAUGAAAGUGAUGGACUUCUUGAGUUUGUUUCUAGCUAUUCUGAAUCUGGCUUCUUCCCAGAACAUGUGGAUUGACAGCAGACACUAAAGGUAAGCCAGGUGUUGUUGAAGAACCAAUGCACAGCAAUACUGCAGACAGCACAGUGUCCACAGCUCCUUGGAGAAAGAUUAAGACAGUUGUUAAGCUAAUUGCUCUGCUUCAAGCGAUGUGCAGUAUUAAAUGCAAUUACAAUACACAAAUGAAACCACCCUUUAGACUGCAAUUACUCAUUCACAUACAGAAGUAGCGCAGCACAGAAUCAACCAGUAAAAGGGAUCUUCCUCCUGUAGCCACCAAUAUGCUUCAUUUCCUGACAUGGAUUGGAGAAAUCAGUUCUGUUUGAUCCCAGGUCCUGGCAAGUCCGUCUGUUCAAACCUUCAACAAGAGAAGCAAUUACAGCUAGUUAAAGCUGAGACCUUGGUAUAGCUGAGUGGUUUAGCAAGAUAUUGUACCAAAUGUGAAGUUCAAAGUAGCACCGUACAUACAUUUGUAGCAAAUCUCUCUCCAUAUGUACAAAAGAAGGGUCUUUUAAAAAUGCACUUUUCCUUUAUCUCUCAGAAACCAAUUGAAACAGAUUAUGUCUUUUACAAGUGUCUUCCAAAAUCCUGCCAAGAUCAUAAAAGACAUUUUUUAAUAAAAAAUCCAGUAAAAAAUCCAAUCUUUCUGCUCUCUGUUGAGUAGAAGACUUAGCUCUUGGGACUUCAAAAUGCCUUGGGAUUAUUAUUUUGGAUACAUAGAAGCACUAUGAAACAUGAGAAUUGAAAAAUAAAUGUUUGUGGUCAUCUAUGAUUCAAAAUUAAAUCUCUACAAAAGCCAUGCUUCUUCAUCCACCAAUGGAAACGGUCUUUACUGCCAUCUGGUACCUUAUCAUUUUCGCAGCUUUGCCUUUGUCCUGAUGGGAAAUAGGUUAUGGGGAGUUUAAGGUGAAGAAGCUUGUUUACAUUCAGCAUGUGCUCUCCAACAGCCUCCAGUUCUGCCAUGCAGAUGUUUCACACCUAGCUAAUUUCUUUCUCUCUGUCACCAUCUUCUUGUCCCAUUCUCACUGUCUCUCUUCCUGAACACAACCCCAGAUGCCCUCCCAAAAUUACAUACUGCUCUUUGUCACGCCCAUUGUUUCCAGCUCCCAUAAAGGUGAUGAUGGCAGUUGUGGAGGAUAGUGUCACUAAGGAUGUGUACAAAACAACAAGAAGAGGAAGCACAAGGUUAUGUACAUUCUCAAAAAGCCUCAGACAGGGAGACAUUUAACUGAAUGGUAAAGCAGCAUUACAGAAGCCAUGAGACACAGCAAGCCCUGGUAGGAAUCAUUAGCACAUGUGCAAUUACAUUUGCUAAAGCUAUAGCUCACUGAGUACACAGAAAGUCAUAAACAUCCAGAGCUACAAAAGGCACAGGUGAAUUAGAAGAAAUUGAUAAAAAAUGUUUAUGAACACGUUUACUGGAUUAGAUUCACGUUUCAUUUUCUUCAAGAAUUUUCUCCGGAUUGUGUUUUUUCCCCUUGCAAACAUUUAGAUAGUUGAUUUCUAUGCAUGCAGGUGAAUAUUUUGCUCCUAGGAGAGCAUGUGAGUAUGUGCAAUUGCUUUAAUUUGCAUAGGGUUUUCCAUAUUGAUGCAUCUGUGUGCAUUUGUGCUAAAUGUUGGCUCAGUUCACUCAGUCACACUUACAUGCACACAUACACACACCUGUUAGGUGGCUAUAUUUUAUGGUGGAGAUACAUAACCACACACAGUCUCUCUCCUUUUCUGCUUAGCCUUUCCUAUCCCUCCUGUCGAGACAUUCAAAGUGCUAAGUGUUUAUUUUCUAGACAAGUAUAUAGUACACAAAAAUUAUUUCUGAUAACUACUGAAUGUACAAGCAUGGUCCAAUCUAUGAAUAGAGUAAAUAAGACAGUCCUUCCUACAAAGGGUUUAUGUGAUAAAUAAAGUUAAUGAGAACAUUUCAAUUAGGAAAAAAAAAAAAAAAGAAAAAUAUGAUCUCACAGUCCCACUCUGCUGUUAAAUUUCAGUUCAUCGAAGAAGUGGAUGACAAAAAAAAUUCAGAAAAAGGAAAAGGUGAUAUGGUUAUUUACAGCAUUACACACAAGAAUUAAGUAAAAGAAUCAGCCAAUUAUAUCUUACUAGGGUAUCCAGUUAAUUUAUGGUAGCUCCAUAUGGAUACAUUAUAUCUUAUCUUACAUUUUAAAGGCAUUUAAAACAGUAGCUAUGGAAGAAGAAUAAACAUCAAUGGGACUGCAUAUUGAUGCAAUCACAAAUGGUUGAUGGAUUGAUUCAAUUAAUCAGUGACUCAUUUCUAAGAGUUCUACAGGGAUUUAUUUACCAAACACUUACAUUGUUUAUUUUGCUCUCUGGAUGGUUUGUAUAAUGUCAUUUUUCUUCAUUAUUCUUCUUGUUUCAUUCAUCAGUUUCUGACAAAUGUUUUCAUGCUGAUAUGUGGCAUGUUAGGCAUGUAAAUUAUCCACAUUUACUGAUUUAAAGCAGUACACUUCAAACUCUCGGGAGCUGAGAAGUUUUGUUUGUUUCCCUCAGUUCCUGAGAAACACUAGCCAUCUACAAUUAAUAUAAAGAUGUGUUUUCCAUUUAAUUUUUGCCUUUAGUGUCUGAUCAACAUGGCGAAGAUGUAAGUUCUUGUCUACUGUAGCCUCCUGCUUAAGCUUUAGACAGAAACUUACUAUGAAAAACAUUUUGAACAGUCUUGAUGGUAAAUAGAAUAACUGUUCCCUCUUUGGUUUUUCCUUAUAUUUUGUAGUUCAAAUCCAGGAAAGCAGUGCAAGAAUGUUUUAAGGAGGUCAGGAGUUUCACAAUGUUUUCCACAAGUUUAGAUAAGUUUUUACAAGGGCAAGAAGUGAUAAGGCAAGGGGGAAUAGCUUUAAAUCUGAAAGAGAGAAGCUUAGGUUAGAUAUUAGGAAAAAAUGCUUUCCUUUGAGGAUGGUGAGGAACUGGAACAGGUUGCCUGGAGAAGUGAUGGAUUCCCCAUUCCUGAAAGUGUUCAAGACCAGGUUGAAUGGUGAGUGAAUCGGCACAUACAGGAAACCAAAGGCAACCAUCAAACCACAGCUGAAAUGCAAACUGCAUUUAUUUAAUUGCCUUGCUCACAAUGCCAACCAGCAGAGACACACAGGGACACAGGCUCCAUCCUGCUUAGUUCAUCCCAGCAGGUUGCAGCAAUCCGGUCUAGUGAAAAGUCUCCCUAUUCAUGGCAGGAGUUUUGGCAAAUCAUUCCAUUAUUCUAUGAUUUUCUGUUUUAAUAUUGUCGCAGUAUGUGCUUCAAAGUCAAUACAUAAAAAUGGCCAAAUUAGGACAAGUUACAGAUUUCAAAAUGGCAGAUACUAGGCAAAACAGGGGUCUGUGAAAGACGAAGAAUUGAAACCAAAAGGAAAACAUUCUUUGAAAGUGCUGAGUCUCAUUUGGGCAAAUAUUUUUAUUUUAAACUCUCAGGAACACUGAACAGCUUUUUUUUUUUUUUUUUAAUUAACAUAUUCAUUGGAUAAACACAUGCAGCCUGUAUUUCCUAUGAUUUCCAGGCAUCUUCAGCAGUGGUCAAAUUCUUACUUCACUUUUAGGUGGCUAGGAACAACUUCUUGGGAAGAGUGAAAGUUCACAGACCCAGUGACAAGAGCCCUGGCAGUCUGCAUCAUGUGACAGCCUUCCCCAGUGGAUUUAGAAAACUCCACCCUACCUAUUAAACCUACUAUAAUAGACAGAUGGCGACAGACAUCUCUUAGUGAUAGCGGGUGACACACAUGGAAACACAGGACAUUCCCUCUGAAUAUCAGCAAACUCUUUGUUACUGUCAGAGUCACCAAGCACUGUCACAGAUUGCCCAAGGAGGUUGUGGGGUCUCCAUUCUUGGAGGCUGCCAAAUCAUGACUAAACUUGGUCCUGGGCAACGUUCUGUAGGUGGCCCUGCAUGAAUAGGGCUGUUGGACUCGGCAAUUACCAGAUGCACCGUCCAGCCUCAACCAUUCUCUGAUUCUGUGAUUUGCCUCUCAUUUAAGCUACAUGUUUCCCCCAUUGGAAAUACUCCUAGCAUCUCAAAAUAAUGCAAAAAUCUUCCUUUUUGGUCUGAGGUAGUCACAGAAUUAACCUUUGGAGUGAAAACAGCAGGUCUGCACAUUUAAAGAGAAAAAAAAAAACACAUCAGUUUCUAAAAUGCAUUGGUUAUUUUUUUUCCCUUAUUUGAGUCUCCUAUAGUUGGCCAGUUGGACAAAAUCUCAGCCCCGAUAAGGCCAGUGAGAAUCUUGCUGAUUGUUUCAAGGAGAUUUCAAGAUCUCAUACUUGUCAUGAAGAUGUCUGAAUAUUUGCUUUCCUUGAAAAACAAAAACUUACUACCAUUAUCCUCAAUAAUUUUAAAUGCGCUACAAAAAUUGAGAUUUUUUUUUUCCCUUUUCAUGCCCAGCAUUUGUGAAAUACAUAGCCUGGUGAUAUAAAAAUUUUAUCUAUACUCAUUUGUGCUGACCCAUAUAACUUGCUCAUUGCCACAUUUGUGCCAGUAAAAUCUUUCUAUCAUCCCCA